AUGCCGGAUGAAGGUGUCAAGGGGGAGACGGGGCUCGGCGACAGCAGCACCAGUCGCAGCGGCGCCCAGCGCGCAGAAUACUUGAGGAGUGAGACUGCCUUCUUGGAAGAGUUGGUGUUUGGAAGUGGAGAUACCAUUGAACUCUCCUGUAACACUCAAGGCUCUUCUAUGUCUGUUUUCUGGUUUAAAGAUGGUGUUGGGAUUGCACCUACCAACAGAACUCAUAUUGGACAAAAACUGUUGAAGAUUAUCAAUGUGUCUUACGAUGACUCAGGGCUCUACAGUUGCAAGCGGAGGCAUUCCAAUGAGGUCCUGGGAAACUUUACAGUCAGAGUAACAGAUUCUCCUUCAUCGGGUGAUGAUGAAGAUGAUGAUGAUGAAUCAGAAGAUACAGGUGUCCCCUUCUGGACCCGGCCAGAUAAGAUGGAGAAGAAGCUGCUAGCCGUUCCCGCGGCCAACACAGUUCGCUUCCGUUGUCCGGCGGGCGGAAACCCAACUCCAUCCAUUUACUGGCUGAAAAACGGCAAGGAGUUCAAGGGCGAGCACAGGAUCGGGGGCAUCAAACUGCGACACCAGCAGUGGAGCCUGGUGAUGGAAAGUGUUGUCCCAUCAGACCGAGGAAACUACACCUGCGUUGUGGAGAACAAAUACGGCAACAUUAGACACACGUACCAGCUGGAUGUAUUAGAACGGUCGCCCCACCGACCCAUCCUGCAAGCAGGGCUUCCCGCCAACCAGACCGUGGUGGUCGGCAGCAACGUGGAGUUUCACUGCAAGGUCUACAGCGAUGCCCAGCCUCACAUCCAGUGGCUGAAGCAUGUGGAAGUCAACGGCAGCAAGUACGGCCCUGAUGGGACGCCCUACGUCACGGUGCUGAAGACGGCAGGUGUUAACACAACGGAUAAGGAGCUAGAGAUUCUGUACUUGCGAAAUGUAACUUUUGAGGAUGCUGGGGAAUAUACUUGUCUCGCAGGGAAUUCUAUUGGGUUCUCACAUCACUCUGCUUGGCUGACGGUUCUACCAGCGGAGGAGCUGAUGGAAAUGGACGACUCGGGCUCAGUGUACGCUGGCAUUCUCAGUUACGGCACUGGCUUUGUUCUCUUCAUCCUGGUGCUGGUCAUUGUGAUUAUCUGCAGGAUGAAAAUGCCAAAUAAAAAAGCCAUGAACACACCCACUGUACAGAAAGUCUCCAAAUUUCCACUCAAGAGACAGGUGUCACUGGAGUCCAACUCUUCCAUGAACUCCAAUACGCCCCUGGUUAGGAUCACGCGCCUCUCCUCCAGCGAUGGGCCAAUGCUGGCCAACGUCUCCGAGCUGGAGCUGCCUCCCGAUCCCAAGUGGGAGCUGGCACGAUCUCGCCUGACCUUGGGGAAGCCGCUUGGAGAAGGGUGUUUUGGCCAGGUGGUGAUGGCAGAAGCAAUUGGGAUUGAUAAGGACAAGCCAAACAAGGCCAUCACGGUCGCUGUCAAGAUGUUAAAAGAUGAUGCUACCGACAAGGACCUGUCCGACCUGGUCUCUGAGAUGGAAAUGAUGAAAAUGAUUGGGAAACACAAAAACAUCAUUAACCUCCUUGGUGCCUGCACACAGGAUGGACCACUCUACGUGCUGGUGGAGUACGCAUCGAAAGGGAACUUGCGGGAAUACCUCAGGGCACGUCGUCCACCCGGCAUGGACUACUCUUUCGAUACUUGCAAGUUGCCAGAGGAGCAGCUGACAUUUAAAGACCUCGUUUCCUGCGCCUACCAGGUGGCCCGUGGCAUGGAGUACUUGGCAUCUCAGAAAUGCAUUCAUCGUGACUUGGCAGCCAGGAACGUGCUAGUCACUGAAGACAAUGUGAUGAAAAUAGCCGAUUUUGGCCUCGCUAGAGACGUUCACAACAUCGACUAUUACAAGAAAACCACCAAUGGUCGGCUGCCUGUGAAAUGGAUGGCUCCAGAAGCAUUGUUUGACCGGGUCUACACUCACCAGAGCGAUGUCUGGUCUUUUGGAGUGCUGCUAUGGGAGAUCUUUACGCUGGGAGGGUCUCCGUACCCGGGAAUUCCCGUUGAGGAACUCUUCAAGCUCUUGAAAGAAGGCCAUCGGAUGGACAAACCUGCCAACUGCACUCACGACCUGUACAUGAUCAUGAGGGAGUGUUGGCACGCAGUGCCGUCGCAGCGGCCCACCUUCAAGCAGCUGGUGGAAGAUCUGGACCGGGUCCUCACCGUGACGUCCACCGAUGAGUACCUGGACCUGUCGGUGCCCUUCGAGCAGUAUUCGCCUGCGUGCCAGGACACCCACAGUACCUGCUCCUCGGGGGACGACUCCGUCUUUGCACAUGACCUCCUGCCCGAUGAGCCGUGUCUCCCCAAGCACCCUCAGUGCAACGGCGUCGUCAGGACGUGAGGACCUUCCACCCGGACCGACAGACGGAUGGACGGACGGACGGACAGCAGACACGCGGAGGCGUGGGCCUGGCAGAGGCCGAGGACCAACCGUAGUGAAGGAUCUUUCCGUGAAACUGCUUGGUAAUUCCAGAAGACUUUUGUUGUUGUCGAGCUGUUCAGGGUAAUUUUUUGUUUUCCCCGUUUGCUGUAUAAAAAGUCAAGAAGCACUGUUUGGCCUGAAGGAACUAAUCUCUUGCCAAGAUUAUAUAUCAUAUAUAAUUUUUUUAUUAUUAUUUUUUUUCUAAACAGAAUGUUAAAUCUGGGGCAGGUGCCGACCCCCCCCACCUCCGGUAUUGUAUUAUUGAGUGCCAGAGUAGCCGUUCUGUGCCUGCAAUACGAAGAAGAGACAAAAAAUCUUCCUUUAAAAAAAAAAAGUGUAAAGAAUGUAGAAAUUCUUUGCUUAUGCAAUCUGUACAUGAACCUUUUUGGUGGAGCUGAAAAGCCACGUUGCCUGCAGGGAUUCAUAUAUUUAUAAAGAAUAUCUAUAUUUUUGUUGUUGUUUUUAUAGCUUCGUGAUCUACUACCCAGCUACUUAGAAGGAAUCCUUUUCUUUUUUU